UUUGCUAUUCAUAACAGCAAUUUUUCCUUAACACAAUCUCAUCCGCGGCUUUGACAAACCUGAACAACAUACAGAUGGGGAAAUGACCUCUUAAGGAUAACCGUUAUCAUUACAUCGCAAAGGAAAGUCAUUAAGAGAUAUCCUAAUAAGAUGUUAACUUUGAGUGCAGAAGAUUUACAAGCGAUAGCGAAUGGCAGGAGUUACACAGGCCCUACGAACACCAUAGGUCAACUGCCUUUUGCUUUCCGGCUUACCGGUGUGUCAACUUACGCAAGAUCGUAGUCAGAUCGAUAAAGUGGCUUUGCAAUGGCGCGGUUAGUUUCCCUCGCAGUUCUUCUGUUGCUUUGUGAAUCUUCGCCAAGGACAAGUGCUCAUGAUUGCAGGGCUGGAGCAGAACAUUCUGUCACAGGCAUGAUGCUGAAGGGUCACAUUUACAAAACGAUGAGCGUAUCGCUCGGUCACGAGUGCUUGAAGGCCUGUUACAGAGACGUUACAUGUCAAAGUUUCAAUUACGUUCUCUCCCAAUCAACCUGUGAGUUCAGCAAUAGGAUUAAAGAAGCCAAACCUGAGGAUUUUGUACCGGAUCCCAACAGAUAUUAUUUCAAACGAGAUAGAAAAAGAGUCCCCUUGGGCUCCAUUCCAGAGCUACCCGCUGAAUCAUGCAAAGAAAUCAAGGCGAGUGAGGAUGGACAGGCGGUUAGCGGAAAACACUGGCUUAAUUCUAUUAUGAAAGAGGAGUCUGUACUUGCUUACUGCGACAUGGACACAGAAGACGCAGACGAGUGCACUGCUUCAGUCCCCGUUUGUGCCGUCAAUGCUUCGUGUCAGAAUCUUCAAGGCUCGUACAGUUGUUUUUGUAGACCUGGUUUCAGUGGAGAUGGAAAAGUCUGUACCUAUGUGAAUGAGUGUGCAAGCAACCCUUGUAUUAAUGGUGGAACAUGCGUGGAUGGUAUCAAUGGCUACACUUGUACCUGCCCACCAAAUUACAGAGGCAUUCGAUGUGAAAACGUCAGUUGUACUUCGACUUUAAAGAAUGUUGGCAAUCCUGUUACUCACCACAAUAAAUCUCCCACUCAAGGCGCUUGGAUGAAAGACCCGCUGGGUGUCAUGGGUAACGACACCAUAUUCGCUAUGGGAAGUCAUUACUCUAAUAACCAACUUGAGGAAUUUGAAAGCCUGGACAAGUUCAAAGCAGGAGUGACCCGCAAAACUUACACUCUUCCUUUCAAAUGGGAUGGAACAGGGGCAGUGGUGUAUGGAAAUCACCUCUAUUACAAUAGGGAAAAUAGCCAGUUUAUUAUAAAGUACAAUUUGCUCACAAGCAACAUCGAUAACAACAUCACUUUAAGUGGAUACUCACCAAGACGUAUAACCUACAUGUGGGGUGGAUACAGUGGGGUGGACCUGGCAGUAGACGAGCAGGGUUUAUGGGUAUUAUGGGGCAAUACAGGGAAUGGCAAUCGAUUGUCUGCCUCCAAAAUUGAAGGGGACGUCGUAGUAAACACCUACAACUUGUCUACAGAAAGUAUGGGCUCGAUGGGCAACGCUUUCAUGGCUUGUGGAGUGAUCUACUGCAUCGACAGUUACAAUGCCCAACCCACUACCAUCAACUUUGCCUAUGACACAAAGACUGGUAAUCAGUGGAACCCCAAUAUACAGUUCAGGAACCAGUAUGGCUACAAUUCCAUGGUAGACUACAACCCAAAAGAAAAACUAUUGUACGCUUGGGACAAUAGCCGACAGCUGACUUACUCCCUCACUUGGAAUUAAUUCAUUUUUAUCGUCGUUAAUGGACAGAUCGAUCGCUUUAAAUCUGAUGUAAAGUGCUAUUUAUUUUAAGGUCCUUUCCACACUACUGCGUUUUCAUUGAAAAACGUGUGGUUUUGAUGCGCUUUCACCGGUUAUCCACAAAAAGACCCCGAUAACUUUGGUGGGCACGGAGACUUUUGAAAAUAGUUUUAAACAAGGAUUUUUUUUGAAAACAAAUCGUUUUUCAACUUUCCGUUUUACUGUUGACUGUUGUAAACGGGAUGGUUUUUGAAAACAAACAAGAAGGGAUUUUGAAAAGCAUUUAACAAUAAAAAGUUGCGAUAAAACAUUUCUUAAAAUCAUUUUAAGAUUAAAAAUUUGCUAAAAGACGACAACGUUUCGAUGUUGGCUAAACCUCAUUAUCAAGUUAAAAAAUAUAUGUGUGUGAAUUUCAGUCUAUAAAUACUUAAAAAAAAAAUAGCUGAUUAAAAACCACAA